AAAAGAGCCAGGUCGUGUUGCUGUGGUUGUGCUUUACGGCAUUUGAAUCAUGGCGGAAUCACAGAGUGGUGAACUGUUAAGCACGAAAUGGCAGGAGGCUCCAAACAGAGGAGCUGCUAUACUCAGCCAUUUGGGUGAGCAUGUGCCCCUUAUUUACUGCCUGGAGGCUGAGCCACAGCAACGGGAGGAGGAGCAAAAGGUUGAGGAACACCUCCUUUUUCCCCUGGAGUGCUUUCUUUUUGGCGAGGACCCACAUGUUGGCCUAGAGAAGCUACAGCAAUGUGACAGCAGCUCAUUGUCUCAGCAAUGUGGGCGUGUCUUUAAAGAGGGCGAGACAGUGUACUCCUGCAGGGACUGUGCAAUAGAUCCCACUUGUGUACUCUGCAUGGAAUGCUUCCAGAAAAGUGUCCACAAAAGCCAUCGCUACAAGAUGCAUGCCUCAGCAGGAGGAGGUUUCUGUGACUGUGGAGACUUGGAGGCUUGGAAGACCGGACCAUGCUGCUCCCAACACGACUCUGGCACCUCAGUUGCUAUGGAAACGGAUGAGUGUACGUUAGAUUCAGCCCUUGAGGAACGUGCUCAGACACUGUUCCGGGUGCUGCUACGUUACACUGUAGACAUGCUGGUUUGGAAGGAGACUGAUGAACUGCAAGAGGAGCUGAAGCCAAAAGUCAAGGAAGACAAGUACUUUUGCGUGCUCUACAAUGAUGAACAUCACUCCUAUGAUCAUGUGAUCUACACACUUCAGCGAGCUAUCAGAUGCGACCAGAAUGAGGCUCAAACAUACACAGCUCUUAUUGACAGAGAGGGAAGGAGAGCAGUGAAGAGAGGCACUCUAAGGUCUUGUCAACAAGCUAAAGACAGUAUCAGGUCGAAUUCAGAGCAACUUACACAGCAACCUCUGCGGGUAGAGAUUCUCAACACCGCUGUUAUGGCUCAUCAGACCUUUUCCCUCAGACUCGGCACAUGGUUCCAGAAGAUUAUCGGUUACUCAGUUGGCCUCAGGCAGGUUUUCUGUCAGGUGGCUUUAGACCCAUGCUUUGACGGCAGUAAACUCAGCUUGAUCAGUCGAGUCAUGCUACACGACGCCGGACUUUAUAAAGGAGCCCGCAAGGUCAUCCAUGAGUUAAUUUUUAGCAGUUUACUAAUGGACACAGAAUACAAGAGGCAGUUUGCCAUGAAAUUCACAGAGCACUAUCAACAGCUUCAGGAGGACUUUAUUAGUGAUGACCACCAAAGAAAUAUAUCAGUCACAGCCUUGUCUGUGCAGAUCUUUACUGUUCCCACUCUGGCCAGGCAGUUGAUAGAGGAAGGAAACGUUAUAAAGGUGAUAAUAGACACAGUAAUGGAGAUGAUGAGGGAACACCUGGACAGCAACGGCCGCUUCCAUUUUCAGGGCUACAACUCUGACAAGUUCUUCCGGGUUCAAGUUAUUUUCCAUGACUUGAGGUACAUACUUAUCAGCAAACCCUCGGUGUGGACUGAGGAACUUAGGGUGAAGUUUCUUGAAGGCUUCCAUGUCUUUCUUUGUUUUCUUCGUUGUAUGCAGGGGAUGGAAGAGGUAAAAAGGCAGGUUGGUCAGCAUGUCGAGGUGGAGCCUGAGUGGGAAGCGGGGUUUACUCUUCAGAUGCAGCUACGCCAUAUUCUGGCCAUGUUUCAGGACUGGUGCUCUUCAGACGAAAGGGUUCUGUUGUUGGCCUUUCAAGAGUGUUAUCAGGUUCUAAUGUCCUGCACCAACCAGCCCUUCCGCAGCGAGCCAACCGACAGCUACAUGUGCAAGCAAAUCCUGCAUGCACGGCAAUACAAAGUCUCCCAGGAGCCCGUCUCCAUCCACCUGCCCAUCUCCAGACUCCUGGCCGGUUUAUAUGUGCUCUUGUGUCAGAACGGAGCAGUCCGGUACCUCCCCGACUUUGUGGAUCCUGCUCGGCUGAACUACAUCGAGCUGGCAGAGCAGCCACUGCACUGUAUAGUGCUUGCAGCUCAGGUGUGUGCCGACAUGUGGCGCAGAAACGGCCUGUCGCUGGUCAGCCAGGUGUAUUACUAUCAGGAUGUGAAGUGCAGGGAUGAAAUGUUUGAUAAGGAUGUCAUAAUGCUGCAGAUUGCUGCGUCCAAAAUGGACCCAAACCACUUUCUUAUGCUCAUUCUUUUGAGAUUUGAACUCUUUGAAAUGUUCAAUGGUAACUGCUCGAGUAAAGAUCAGGAGGUGCUGAAACAGUGGAAUAGGUUAACAGAGGAGAUGCUAUACCUGAUAAUCAUCAUUGUAGGUGAGCGGUAUGUUCCUGGAAUCAGUGACGUGUCUAAGGAGGAUGUGACUAUGAGGGAGGUCAUUCAUCUGCUGUGUAUUGAACCCAUGGCUCAUAGCAGCUUAGUCAAAAGUCUACCAGAAAAUGAAAGCAAUGAAACAGGACUCGAAUCUGUCAUAUCUAAGGUCUCCACCUUUAAGAAACCUGGAGUAUCAGGCCAUGGCUUGUACGGGCUAAAGAAUGAAUGGUUGAAAGAGUUUAACCCCUUUUUCUAUCAUUAUUCAAGACCUCAGCACAGUAAGGCUGAAGAGGCUCAGAAGAAGAGGAGAACCCAAGAGGGCAGUGAUAAAGCCCUGCGGCCCCCAGUGCCCCCUCCCUUCUGCCCAGCGUUCUCCAGUAUUGUGCGUCUGCUUUGCUGUGAUGUCUUCAUUCACGUUCUGAGGAGAGUUCUCCAGAAAGCAGUGGAGGACCGAUCCAACCGCUGGACAGAACCCAUGAUCCAGAGGGCCUUGCACCUUGUGGCACAGGCACUUUUAGAAGAAAAGACGCAGCUGCAAGGCAGCAAUCCUGAAGACGUGACUUUUGAUUUCAGUCUGAAAGCACAAAAAAUCGGUUCAGAACAUGGCAAAUCUUUGUUCCACUUCCUAUCCAAAAUGAAGUCUUUACCGUCUCUUGAAGCUCAGAAAGACAUGAUCACAUGGAAUUUACAGAUGUUUGAGGUGGUGAAGUGCCUUCGGGAGAAAUCUGGGCCCGUAGUUUCAUUUCCCAUCCAUCAGAGCAAGUCAGAGGAGUUGUUCAUCUCUGAGCAGAGUGUUCAUGAUAAAGAGAAAGUCGAGCGGAGGAGGAAAGCAGAGGCUGCUAAAGCGCACAGGCAGAAGAUUAUGGCACAGAUGUCUGCAAUGCAGAAGAACUUUAUAGAGUCAAACAAGAUGCUGUAUGACAAUGUACCUGAGAGUUCAAGUCAGAGCGAGACAACUGCCACUGUGGAGAGUAGAAUGGAUGUGGAUGACAGCAGAGUGGCUGUAGGACCUCAGCAGGGCGUUUGUUGCACAGACUGGGAGGCUUUGACCUGCAUUCUGUGUCAGGAGGAGCAGGAAGUUCAAGCUCAGGCACCUGCCAUGGUCCUUACCGCCUGUGUGCAGAGAUCUACCGUACUUACCCAGUGCCGGGGCAAGACACUCUCCGUCAAAGACCAGUACUACCCUAUAUUCAUGCCACCUGAUCUGGCUGUGGGCACACAUACUGGGAGCUGUGGACAUGUGAUGCACGCCACCUGCUGGCAAAAGUACUUUGAGGCCGUCCAGAACACCACUCGAAACCGGUUGCACGCAGAGCUGCUCAUAGACCUUGAGAAUGGAGAAUACAUGUGUCCCCUUUGCAAGUCCCUCUGUAACACUGUUAUUCCUCUGAUCCCUGUGGAGGCCAGACAUCUUGACUAUGACAGUGCUGAAUUAGUCGGUCAGCAUUUGACUCUUUCGCGCUGGAUUCAGAUUUUGAUUUCCCGCAUCAGAGGCCUGAAACCUGCACGAGAAGCAGAUAAUAAUAGUGAGCAAGGAGCAGAUCAGGCCAGUGCACUUUCUGUAGAGGAACAAGCUGAUUUUAGGUCAAUUCUCAGUUUUGGGGUUCAAGAACCGCCCAAGUUCUGUCGCAGUAUCACAGAGAUGCUGAUGGUCUGCGCGACCACAGUGCACAGGGUGGGUCUGCAGAUGGCCCCCAAUGACCUGUGUCCAUACGUGCCUGUUAUGUCAUGGAAUACGUGCGCGUACACCAUCCAGGCCAUUGAGAACAUGCUGCAGGAAGAGGGGAAAGCUUUGUUCGGCGCCCUUCAGAACAGACAGCUUGCAGGACUCAAAGCUGUGGUGCAGUUCUCAGCAGCUCAGAGGUUGAAGAGCAGUCAUGCUGUUGUACAGCAACAUUUCGCCGACAUGCUUGCAGUCUUGUUACCUGUCCCUAAUGUUGAAGACACACCAUCAAUUUUGGAAGUGGAUUUCUUUCAUUUGCUCGUUGGGCUGGUUCUGUCAAUUCCAGUGUUGUACCAGGAAGAGGCGGUUGACCUUCAACCCUCAGCAAUCAGCACAGCAUACAAUCACCUCCACAUAUUGCACUUGGUCACUAUGGGACACAUGCUGCAGGUUCUGCUCACCACACACGACUGUGCUGUGAUUGGAGGGCCCGAGGAGGGAGAUGAGGCUCAGGCCGCAGCAGCACUUUACUCUCUUGUGUCUCAACACACUGAUGGGUUGAGGUCCGGUGUUUCUGGCUUUACAGUUGCAGAGACGGUAAAAAGAGGCAUCUUUCCUUUCCUGCGCUGUGCCACACUGUUCUUCAGCUGCCUUACAGGAGUUCCCCCUCCAGAGGAACUGUCCAUUGUUGCAGAAUCACCUGAAGGUCAAUUGCCAUUCAUCUGUAGUUAUCUUGCUUUGCCCUGCAACCUGUUUCAACUGUUUCAGGACCACAGGGAUGUCAUUACCCCUUUAAUGAAAAGGUGGUGUGAAAAUACUGCUAUUUCAAAAGCUCUCAAAAGUGAAAUGCACAUCAUCAGGUAUCCUCGCAAAAGAAACCGAUUAAUAGAUCUUCCAGAGGACUAUAGCGUGCUGCUUAACCAAGCCAGUCACUUUAAAUGCCCAAACUCAUCAGAUGAUGAGCGCAAGCACCCGACUCUAUGUCUGCUCUGCGGGGUCAUGCUGUGCGCACAGAGUCCCUGUUGUCAGGUACAACUGAACGGGGAGGAUGUGGGAGCGUGCACAGCCCAUGCUGCCACCUGCGGGGCAGGAGUGGGAAUGUUUCUCAGGGUAAGAGAGUGUGAGAUUGUCUUGAUGGCCAGUAGGACUCGAGGUAGCCCGUAUCCAGCACCUUACCUAGAUGACUAUGGAGAAACAGACCCUCAGCUUGGGCGUGGAAACCCUCUGCACCUGAGUCCAGAGAGAUACCGCAAGUUGCUCAACAUGUGGCAGCAGCACUGCAUCUUAGAAGAAAUCGCCCGCAGCCUGGAGGUUCUCAAUGUUAUGUUUGCCUUUGAGUGGCAGAUGCUAUAAUCACCAUAGCGGGCAGAAGAACCGCAUGGCGCGGUAUGGGCAUGCAACAUUCUGUUAGGCUACGCAUGAUAUCUGCCUCGCAGUAAAGACUAAUAAAACUGCCCAACAUCUUUACGGACUGCUGUCACUGUUUUCCAGCAGACAUUGUUUUAUGGGUAGCCACACUGAAUAGGCCCGUAAAAACGAUUUACACAGUCAGCGUGUUUUCUGUGCUCUUUGGUUGCAGAGUGCAUCAUUUCAACACUUCGUCUUUGAUCAAUGUUGUGGUUUAGCAUUGGUUAGGCUCAGAAUGUAAAGAAAUAGUUGGGGUGUGAGGUUUGUGUCUCUAUUAAAUGCAAGUAUUUCCUUUUUUAUAACUCUGUAAAAUGUUUGCUGUAUAGCCUUUUUGCUGAUUUGUGAGUUGUAUUCAUGUAAAUAUUAUAUCGACACAUGAGGUUAGUGUGCUAAGAUGUGGUAAUAUGUAUUGUUUCAGGGUUAAAAGCUGUUUUGCAAGCUCCGUACUUAGGUGAAUCUUAUAGAAACUUGUUCAGGUCAAAUUUCUCUCCCAACUUAGGACCACUUUAAUUAUAUAUCACAAUGUCUCCCAUUAAAAUACACAUUUUUAUUUAUUUUGGGAGUUAAAAUUAAACAAGAAAUGUAUUUACCAUCAGAUUCACCUAAACUAUGGUCGGUACAUAAACAUGUAUAUAAAACAAUAAUGUAUAAUUAGAAGAAGCUUAUUUUGCUACAUAAAUGCAACAGCGAUUUAACAAAGAAGCACUGCAAGUCAUUGAUCACAUGCCACAAUGCCUGUUGGAUAAAUCAAAGUAUAUUCCACCCAUCAUGUAUUAAAAACAAGCCUUUUUCUUGAGUGACACUUUAAUCGGUGUGUUUAAUUCAGAGAAAAGACACUACACAACAUUUCUCACAUCAUUUGUUUAGAAGUUUAAUUUAGCACUCUGCUUUAAGCUGCUUAUUUACAAUAAACUACUGCGUGGCACAACACUAAUAAAGAUGUAUUUUUUAACUUUA